AACGCAGUCCUCCUAACGCUGUAACGCAAUAAUUGGCCGGCACCGCUCUUCGUCUUCGUAACACCCACACGCACAAUAUAUUUGAAUCAAAUUUUAGCGCUCAAAUCUCAUGUGCUACAGAAUCCCCAUUUCAAAAUUAUAUAAAAAGGUUCUUCAAUUCCUUCCAAAUUUAGAAAAAAAAAGCAUUAAAUUCGACUCCAACAUAAGUCUCACUCCUCCGCCACUUCACAGUUCGCAAUCGAAGCUCGCAAUUCCGGAAACGAGAACAUGGGUUGUGCUUCUUCUAAUAUCUUCAACCACAACGACGAGUUCUCCCAACUCGGCAGCUCCGCGCUGAGCCACCACAUCGUCUCGCUGACUUCCUCCACCUACGGCCUCCUCACUCUCGACCCGCCGCCUCCUGCGCCCACCACUCCGUCGACACCCCCUUCUCGAUUCACUCUCGGGUCCAUUUUCCCGAGCCCCUUGUCCCAGCCCAAGUCGCUCGAGUCCGAACCCAAGUCGCUCUUGUCCGACCCGAGACCGCUGCCUUCCGACCCGGAAGUCAUUAACUCAUGGGAGCUUAUGGACGGGCUUGACGCCGACAGCUUCAGAUUCUCGCCGCUUCCGCCGCCCAAACCCUUCGGUUUCUUAGACCCAAAAACCCCCGAUAAAGAAAACUCCAACCCGAAUCGCACAAUUCUCAAAUCUCCGUACGAAAGCGUCUUCCGGGUGAACAACAAGAAGGACCCACUUGACCGGUUCGAGAAAAUAUGCCCGCCGGGCGGAGAAAACAAAGUGGUUGUCUACACGACGACGCUGCGAGGAGUGCGGCGGACUUUUGAGGAGUGCAACGCCGUCCGGGCAGAGAUAGAAGGCCUCGGGGUGAUGAUUGUCGAGCGUGACGUGUCGAUGGAUCGCGGGUUCAGAGAAGAGUUGAGCGACUUGAUGAAGGGGAAAGGGAAGGAGGCGGCGGUGCCGCCGCGGGUGUUUGUGAAGGGGAGAUAUAUAGGCGGCUCUGAGGAGGUGCUGAAGAUUUUGGAGGAGGGUUUGCUGGGUGAGAUUCUUGCUGGGUGUCCAAAGAAAAAAGCUGGGUCUGUGUGUGAAGGGUGUGGGGAGGCAAGGUUCUUGCCCUGCUUCCAGUGCAAUGGGAGUUCAAAGAUGGUGCUGAUGGUGAAUGAUGAUGUGGCGGGGCAGCGGCAGGGGACGACGGUGGUGACGAGGUGUCCUGAGUGUAAUGAGAAUGGGCUGGUGCUUUGCCCAAUUUGUAGCUGAAUGGUGAAGAACAAGAGAUGCAAAGAUCUCUGUUUUCGUGUCGAAAUUGUGUUUAAGCAUUUUCUUCUAUCUUAAAUUUGGGGCAUCUUUUGUGUUUCUGAUGGAAACCAAAGGCUUCUAAUUCUGUACUCUACUCUCUUGUUUUUAUGUUGAUAGUUAUUAUAUAUAUAUAUCUGCUUUUGAUUUGUGAAGAUAUAUUGAUUUGCUGGUGUAGUUGUUUUCUGUGAAGUUAUACUAAUCUUCUGUUGUUAGGACUGAUUGGUGUCUAAGAUUGGAUUUGAUAACUCAUUAAAGUCGAGGUCUGUAGAGGUGAGUGGUUUUCAUUUGAGGGAUUAGAAGAUAUUAGACUGUUGAAAUUUAUUUGGUUUAUUUAGGAAAUUAAUUAGAGAUUUGAUUUGAUUUUGUAGUUGGGUAUUUUUGGUAUUUAAGC